AAUGGAUUCAGGUAAAGAAGGAACUUGGAUAUUUUGAUAUGGGUCAAACCAUCCAGAACAGAUUUCAAGGAGGCUGGAAGUCCCAUUAGAAGACGUCCUUGCUAAUUGUAGAGCUUGUACAGCCAAAGGUUAUACAAGAGCAUUUAUGGGAAUCACUUCUCUUUGGAAUAAUACAUCUCCAUCAACUAUCAUAAAGGCUGAAUCUAAGGACUGUAAAGCCUUUGCCUACCUAAUGAGUGCUGAAGAGGUAGUCCAGAUGGACAAGUGGGAAGGAAUCCCUUUGUAUUAUACUAGAGAAGACAUUCUGCUGGAGGAUAAGCAAGGGGAGGUCUUCGCCGGCCAGGUUUAUUUGCAGGUUCCUCAGGAGGAAUUUGUGUACCCGGAUGAGGGGUACUUGCAAGCAUGCUCUAAGACCUCGAUGGCAUAUUAUUACCUACCCCCGGCAGAAGAGACUGGGAGCGUAGAUUACUACAAUGCUCAGUUUGAGAUUAUUAAUGGGUUCAAUGGGAAAAAUGAAGGUGAAUAUAUGGCGAAGAUUUUGUAUGAUGAACAUACAGAGAAAGUUAUAGAGAAUACUUUAAGUAAAGCUUUGGAAUAACCUGAUCUACUUUCUCUAAAAGUUUGCAUUAAUAUUAUGGUCGCAUUCAU